GUGAAUGUUUAGAUGUAGAACAUGCACCUCGCCCCGGCAGUAGGUAACUGGUACUGCUUUGGAUCCUCUAAAUGCAGCAUAAACCUGCUGCAUCAUGACGGUGGGCCUCACAGCUGGGCUGUGGAAUGAUUUGGAACAGUGAUCAUUGUUGGAACUGCUUCACCCACAUUGCAAAACAUCCCUGAGGGCACCAUUCUACUCUGGGAAGAGGCCGGGAAGAAGUUUACUACACUGUUUGGCUGCGUACUGUAUAGACUCAAACAGCAUGGGGGACUUCCAGCAGUUUGAACAGGAAUUCUACCAGACGGGAUAUUACGUAGAUGACCAGGGCCACACCGUGGCUUACUGCGAUGGCUACGAUUCCACAGACCCUGCUUAUUACGACACUGGAGCACAGGCUUUCGUGUCGGGGGCUCUGGAUCCUUCCAUGGAGCAGCAGUACACUGGACAGUUCUUCCAACCUGCAAUGCCUUCUGGGACUGUGGGAGGCACAGGAAUUGAUUCUCCUGACGAAGAACCUCCCCUUCUUGAGGAACUUGGCAUCAAUUUUGAUCACAUCUGGCAGAAGACACUGACAGUGUUGAACCCCUUUAAGCCAGCAGAUGGCAGCAUUAUGAAUGAGACGGAUCUGACCGGUCCGAUCCUCUUCUGCGUUGCACUGGGGGUCACUUUAAUGAUGGCAGGUAAAGUCCACUUUGGUUACGUGUACGGGAUCAGUGCUGCAGCCUGUAUUGGGAUGUACAUCCUGCUGAGUCUCAUGAGUUCCCUGGCAGUGUCUUAUGGUUGUGUGGCCAGUGUCCUGGGCUACUGCCUCCUGCCCAUGGUGGCCCUCUCUGCAUUUGCUGUCUUCUACUCUUUGCAAGGCGUCCUGGGUACACUUCUGGCCUUGCUAGGAAUUUGUUGGUGCAGUCUCUCUGCCUCCAAGAUCUUCAUCUCCACCCUGGCGAUGGAUGGCCAGCAGCUGUUGGUGGCUUACCCAUGUGCCCUGCUCUAUGGGCUCUUUGCACUGCUCACUGUUUUCUAAUUAUCACCAGAUUAAACGCAGAGGGAAAAUAUGUAUUGUUCCACCAGCAUCCCUUUUUUUUUUUUU